AUGUCGAGAAGUGGGACUGGUAACUGCCUCCUCCGCUUCAGUCUGCCAGCAGGUCGAGAGUUCAUCAUCCCUUCGUUGGCGCACAGGUUCAUAGCAGAGAUGGUGGACUUUUUUAUUCUGUUCUUUAUAAAGGCAACCAUCGUUUUAAGUAUUAUGCACCUGAGUGGAAUAAAGGACAUCUCAAAAUUUGCCAUGCAUUACAUAAUAGAAGAAAUAGACGAAGAUACGUCCAUGGAAGAUUUGCAGAAAAUGAUGAUAGUAGCUCUCAUCUACAGGUUAUUGGUCUGCUUCUAUGAGAUCAUCUGUAUUUGGGGAGCAGGUGGAGCAACCCCAGGGAAAUUCUUGCUCGGACUGCGAGUUGUGACGUGUGAUACGUCGGUGCUCGUCGCGCCCAGCCGCGUGUUGGUCAUUCCGUCUUCUAACGUCAGUAUGACAACGUCCACAAUACGAGCUUUGAUCAAGAAUUUUUCCAUUGCUUCAUUUUUUCCUGCAUUCAUUACGCUGCUGUUUUUCCAGCAUAACAGAACAGCUUAUGACAUUGUAGCAGGGACUAUUGUGGUAAGAAGAAAUGGAGUCAGAUGAUGCCAAAAUAGAGGAGAUUUCCAGACUGGUUUUAAGACCCCCCUCCCAACCCCGAGUGAACAAAGACCUACCCCAAAACUGAAACUGAGGCGUCCAUCAGAAUCUUUUGCCCAAAUGAAACGGGAACGGAUAGAGAAGCUCAAGAAAAUGUUUUGCUUCAGUAUGAUGCCAGCAGCUACCUUCAAAGUAUUGGAGUUUUCAUAAAUGCCAAAGAAGUUGGGGAGAACAGUAAAUCCGGAUUAACCUCUGACUGAUGAGAAAGGACGUGGCUGUAUUAAGUGCAGGAAGGAGGUGUUCUGUUCGUCAGCCUGU